AUGUUGACCACUGGAGCGUCUUGAGCAAGAAAAGCAAAGCUGUUGCGCUAGCAACAGUCUUCCCCUCCCAAGUGCAAGGCUGUCUGAUUGCUCUUGUUUGAUUUGCUACAGAGGCCUGUCAAUAAGGUUCUUGCACCAUCUAUCAAAAGUGAAUGGGAAAACCCGAAGAACAGAGAUUGAGAAAUAGCUUCAUAGCAUGGCUGUGGCCGGAUGUCCAGAUUAUUUUCUACACCAUCCAAAUUAUCAGCAGGACAAUGUGGACCGAGCCUCCAAUCACAGACCAGCAGAUCUAAUUGGGCCGAGUUUCCAGAAGUCAACCAAUCGGAACUCUCCAAACCAUCAAGAAGAUGAUGUGGACCUGGAGGCGCUGGUGAAUGACAUGAACUCCUCGUUCGAGAGCCUGUACUCCACAUGCAGCAGCGUGCAGUCUGAGUCGGUUCCCCUCCUGCAGCACAACGGCCAGGUGCAUGUGCACCGCAACCACCACCGCAGUGCCCCCAUGCCCCCCCACACCCACACCUCCGCCAGCGAGCUGCAGCACAGCCCCACCUCCCCCAAACAGAGACUCCGACGCUCCCAGCCCAUGCACAUCCUCGCCGUCAGGAGACUGCAGGAAGAGGAGCAGCAGCUCCGGACGUCCUCUCUGCCAGCCAUCCCCAACCCCUUUCCCGAGCUCUCCGGCUCUCCUGUCCUCAGCCCUGGGUCCUUACCUCCGUGUCAGCCCUCAGGCACAUACAUUAUAAAAAUUUUCAGCGAGGACGGCAUGGGGAAAGUAGUGGAAAUACCAGCCGACAUGACUGCAAGAGAUCUUUGCCAGCUCCUCGUGUACAAAAGCCAUUGUGUGGACGACAACAGUUGGGCACUUGUUGAGCAUCACCCUCUCCUCGGACUAGAGAGGUGCUUGGAGGACCAUGAGCUAGUGGUACAAGUGCAGGCAUCCAUGACCAGCGAGGGCAGAUUUCUGUUCAGGAAGAACUAUGCCAAAUAUGAAUUCUUCAGAAAUCCCUUGAAUUUCUUUCCCGAGCAUAUGGUUGCAUGGUGCCAGGAAACAAAUGGUGCAAUCCCACCAUCUCAACUUUUACAGAAUUUCUUGAACUCCAGCAGUUGUCCUGAGAUCCAGGGCUUUUUAUACGUGAAAGAGAUGGGCAGGAAAUCCUGGAAGAAGCUGUACGUGUUCCUUAGACGCUCAGGACUUUACUUUUCUACAAAAGGAACGUCAAAGGAGCCCAGGCAUUUACAGUUACUAGCAGACCUGGAGGACAGCAAUGUCUUCACAGUAACAACAGGCAAGAAGCUACACAGUGCGCCAACAGACUACGAGUUCUGUAUAAAGCCAAACAAGAGGACUGAGCUGAAAGAGUUGAGGAUGUUGUGUACUGAAGACGAACAGAGCAGAACGUCCUGGAUGACAGCCUUCAGACUCUUCAAGUAUGGAAUAGUCCUCUAUCAGAACUACAAGAUUCCUCAGCAGAGAAAAACUCUGUCACACUUUUCAACACCAGUGCGGAGUGUGUCUGAGAAUUCUCUGGUUGCCAUGGAUUUCUCAGGAAGGAUAGGCAGGGUGAUCGACAAUCCCUUGGAGGCCCAGAGCGCUGCCAUGGAGGAGGGUUAUGCCUGGAGGAAGAGAAGUCAACGGAUGAACAUUCUAGGUAGUCCCAGUCCACUACAUCCCUGUUUAUUAAACUCAGUUAUUCACAGAACACAGCUGUGGUUCCAUGGGCGGAUAACGCGAGAAGAGUCCCAUCGGAUGAUCAACCAACAAGGCCAAGUGGACGGGUUGUUUCUCUUGAGGGACAGUCAAAGCAACCCAAAGGCCUUUGUCCUCACACUGUGCCAUCACCAGAAAAUCAAGCAUUUCCAGAUCUUACCGUGUGAAGAGGACGGCCAGAUCUUCUUCAGCCUUGACGACGGGUCCACCAAAUUCACCGACCUGAUCCAGCUGGUGGAGUUCUACCAGCUCAACAGAGGAGUCCUGCCUUGUAAACUCAAGCACCCCUGCACCCUCGUAGCCUUAUGACCCCUGACCUAUGACUUGACCGGACUCUGCCUACAAACAAACUCAAGACUUUUUCUUUAGGAGAAGCUAAAGUGAUGAACUCAUGUUGUUCUUGAUGUGUCAUGAGCUGCCAGAGACUGCGGAUGGAACGGGACGGAGUGGUUGGGGGGUUAGGACGGACGCCAGUGGACUUCAGUGACCUCUGUGUUUCGGAAGGAGAUAAAAAAGCAAAAAGCUGCACCACGUUGCUAUUAACUCUUAUAAAAAAGAAAAACAUUUUCAAGUUUGUAUUCAUAGUCACCAAUAAGCUCUGAUCCACUGACACUGUUUAGUGACAGUUUAUGAGAUCAAAGUAGUUUUUAUUUUCCUUGUACAAUCAUCAGGACUUUGUUUAGUCUGGGCCACUUUUUUACAGAAUGAAAGUAUUUUUUUUGUUACAAAUCAUCUAUACUACAACCUUUUUCUGAAAAGCUGAUUGUUUUCUAGUUUGGCGCUUGUGAAACUGGGAACAGGCCUUUCCACACUGACUGAAGAAGAAUUCCUCUACCGUCUCAUUCUUCUCGUUACCAACAAUGGCAAAUCCCUCCUGUGUUGGAGGGAUGGAUGGACAAUCUGAUAUUCGGAAAAAGAACAUCACAAGACAGAUCACGAGGCCAGCUGUCUCUUUCAAGCUGUAGGAAAGGAAAGGCUGGACCUGGUAAUUUAGGAUGGAGCUGAAGGAUACUCAAGGACUACACAGGAUCCAUUCAUUCCACUCUCAUAGGACUUUUCUUCAUUUAUUUCUUUCUUUGGUGACCUCACAGGCGUUUGUAUUCAUGACAUUUUAGUACUGCAUCAAAUGUGUUCUUAGUCCGUUUUAGUUUCUUAUCAGUAGUCUGGAGCGUAUAGAUUUCUAACAGUCACACAACAACUAAAUCACUACAUCCAGUUCAGUGUUAAAUCAAUCCAUCAUCAGCUCCACCAUCCGGUGUUCCACAUGAACUUCCCCCCAAAAUAUAAACUACUACAGGUAUUCAUUCACUCCCUGUCUCAUCCACUCAUUUAAGUCCAUGUAAUAGAUAGCUGUUGUGGUCCACGUUGCUAGCCUAGUCCUAUACCGUGUGCUAUAACCAACACUUCUAUUGUUGGCUACAGUACGUAUUCAGAAUGACACUAGGCUACCAUGCUGCUCUUCAGGUGAUAACAAGCAACAUAACAGCUCAGCUCUUGGGUCUCUCUUGGUGUCAACACAAUAAUAAAGCAUAUGGCCAUCUUGUGGACUAAUUCCAUGUUGUAAGCACUCUGAAGACAUGGUUAUGAUUAUAUGAGUAAAAUCUAACAGGCCACUGGGGCGGGAGGGUGCCACAGUUUUCUUUUAAACCUACCUGUUUGCAUUCCCUCCGUCAGAACACAGGGAAAUAUAACCACUACACCAACCUCUUGUGAUCCACUAGAGGGAUCUGACAAGCUCAGAGUAGACGUGUACAGUCCAAGGUCGGUCUGUCUGUAGAAUGCAACUGGAAUCAAUCGACUCAUCUGCUAGGAGGACCCAUCUUCUUAAUCCAAGGGUGCAUCGCAAAUGGCACCGUAUUCCCUACAUAGUGCAUUACCCUUACUUUUGACUAUGGCCCGUAAGCCUUUGGUCAAAAGUAGUGCACUAUAUCGGGAAUAGAGUGCCAUUUGGGAUUCACUCCAAGUCCAUUCAUUUUAGACUUGUUGCUUUUCUUUUCCAUGAUGUGAUUGAAUGAUUGUUUUUAGAACAGACACUGUGAAGCCCUAGUAAUGGAUGAUACCCUGAAGUGGAAGGGUUUUUACUGUCCAGCCUCGUCCAAGGUUGCAGUGAACACACAGAUUUGUAAAGAUGUUUUUACCUGUAACGCAACAUUAAGAAAGAGCCAUCUUUUUAUUUUAUUUAUAGUGUCUUAAGCUGGAUAGAUUCAGAUACCGAAUAUUAGCCACACUAUCUACAAGUUCUGCACAAUGACAUUUCAAAAAACAAGAUGCAAUGACUCAAUCAUUUCAAGUAUUGUUUUGCAAAUGUAUUUAUUUACCUGGAUGUGAGUGAUUACUUGAAAUGUAGCUCUUUUCUCAGUGCUGUUCAUUACUGUUUUAUCAUUACCAUGGAAUGAUUGAACCCAUAAUUAUUACAUAGCAUCUAUUACAAAGCCUAUAAUUCAUUUCUUGCUUUUUUAAGUUUGAACACUCAAACUAUUUUAUCACCAACACUUACUAUGAAGUAACAUUCAAGUGGUGUUCCCUAAUGUCAUGGUUUUCAUUCCAAAUUGGUGUCAGUAGAACAAGUGUGGGGGAUAAAAGUCACUCAUAUUUCAGUCACAGUGCGUUUCACAUCGAAAUUCAGUUUAAUGCCUCUCUCACACAUUCUUCUACAUUUAGGAAAUCUUUUCACAUGGAUAUUUGAAACACACAGGUUGAAGAAGAUUACAUGUAUUUUUUAUUUAUUUUUUUACAUGUUUAAACAUUUGACAUCUUCUUAAGUGUGACUUUCACUGAUAAUGUCAAUCAAAUUAAUUUCAUAUCUAGACAUUUAAUUCAUGAGUUGAUUUUCAAAUACACACUGUUUUUUUCGCUGUCAGUUCAGUUGCUCUGUCCCAUUUAAUUACAGUUAGUUUUCUUCCAUUUUACAGAACUUUCACUCUUUAAACUUUGCGUUAAUCAGAACUUUGUUUCUUGUGUUAGAAGUGAAGCUAUACCUUUACAAUACUUGAGCCACAAUUGCAAAAAAACAAUUGGUCUACAGUACAUUAAAUAGCCAAGUCAUUUCCACAGCAUAGUGUGUAUUAUCCAAUGAGAAAGGCUUGGAUGUGAUGGCACCACUAGAUGCCCAUUGCAGUACCUUUUUCCAUGGAAUUUUGAGAGUAACUUCAGAGCUACACUUCACUGUUUAUUGGGUGUGACCAGAGCCAUGAAUAUAUAAUAUAUGUUAAUGUAUGGCUCUGGGUGUGGAAUCAUUAUGACUAUACAAUGAGCAGGUUAGGUGCCAUAGCUGCUUACUUCUUUGCUAAAUUCGGUCAAAACGUCGGACAAUAUAUCUUCCCAUUGGUCAUAAUGAUUUCAGUAGAAAUCAGUUAGAAUUGCCUCCUCCGGUGGUAAUCUUAGCUGUACAAUGUAAUAUGCAACUCAUGUAAAAGUUGUGUAUUGAAUCAGUGUACCAUAUUAGCAUAUGAAACCAUGUAGAUGCAACACUGUAUUUAGGUUACAGAUCACUAUUAUUACCGCAUUGGCUUACUCUUAACUACUUAUGAAAUGAAGAAACUUGAUUUAUUUUUAUCAUUUGGUUUAAUGUGCAUAUAGAGUUUAUUUCUUAUUUCUUAAAUGUUUGUCAUGUAAAAACCUCUUCACAAAUGUCUGUAAUAUUGGAAUGUUGCUGGUAUGGAACUGGAGUUGGCUUGGGCAUACAGUGUACAUCUUUUCAUAGUUCCUGCAAGUCAUCCUAAGCUACUCAGACAUCACUGACUCUCAACACUAACUGUUUAGGCCUGUUAGAUACAGAUGUGUUUUUUGUAUACAGAAGCGAGUUCUCUCACAUAGUGUCUUGCUAUGAACUAGAAUGUUACUAGUGACAUUGAAUCACCUGCAAAGUAGUGAACUGAUGAAAGUGAAUUAAGUAAAUGUACUUUUUUAUAUUUCAGAGAAAUGAAUGUAACUGGGUUGCUCAGGGUUGACAUGGAGCCUGUUGAAAACUGGUCAUAUCGUCAGACCAGUGAGAUUUUGUAUGUGCGAUGUUGUGUAGUUCUGUUGAUCAACUUGGGGUUAAUAGUAUUUCACCAAAUCAUUUUUUCUUUAGUAAGUAGUUUGGCCUUUAUGAUGUUCUUUCAGAAUACCAGUAGUUUCUCCCAAACAGUAGUACAGCACAGGUGUCCUCUUCUCUCUUGUGUAAGUCUGUUUGUCUCAAGAAGCCUAAAAUGCAGCAGGUGCCUCGAUGACCUUUUUCUCUGCACUAAACCAGAGCUGACUUUGGACCGUUCAUGGGAACCUUUUCCAGUGAUCGAUAAUGACUCUUGUGCUUUGCAUAUAUUGUCACAAUGCAAGAUACAGUGACUGUACAAAGGAGUAAAGCAAAUAUAUAUAGAUCUAUAUAAAUAUACACCAUUAUGUAUUUCAGGGAAUGCAACAAAACAAGAACCUGUAUCUCUUUUUAAGAGAAAGAUCCUGUAUUCAUACUGUGCUUUGCUUCAAUCUGUAAAUAACUGAAUGGCUUAUAUCUCUUAAUUGUAACCUUUUCAGGUAUUUUUGUACAAAUAAGGGACUGUUAUGUUCUGUUUAUUGUAAUUAGAAUAAAACAUUAAUACAUUGUUA